AUGGGUUCUAAGAAAAGAUCUCAAAGAGUCGCAGAAGAUAAAGCCUCCAAGAGACGCAAAGAACAGGACUCAUUACUUGAGGGCGGAAUCUUCACUCGCGAGGACGUUCAGGAAAUCGAAGACUCAAUUCCUGCAAAAAAGUCAUGGGAUGAUGAAGAACAGGAUUACGAAAGGAAACCAAGGAAGCUUGCAGGAUAUCCUGAAGACAACAUCGAACAGCUUCCAAUUAAGAUCGGGGCGAAAGUUGAAAGGAGAAUCGUCCGGGCUCCUAAGGUAGAACCAGAGUCGAACAACGACGACAGCGAGGAUGUUGAUCUUAUGAAGAAUGAUGAUGAGGAACAAAGCACAGAAGCAGACGACUCAGCUGUAGCUGAUAGCCCGGAGGCUGUCUUGCAAUUAAAAGAGCAAAUUGCAGAGCUGGUUGAAAAUAUCAUGGAGGAUGCAGAGGAAAACGUGGGGUCUUUAACUCGCUUGCGGAAAAUGGCACAAUCGAAAAAUUCGAACACAUGUAAGUUUUCACUGCUGGCCCUAAUUCCUGUUUUCAAGAGCGUUAUUCCCAGUUACAAAAUAAGGCCUUUGAGCGAUGCUGAAAAGAAGGAAAAGGUUUCUAAAGAAGUUGCAAAGCUAAGAAAUUUCGAGGAGCACUUGGUUCGCAAUUACAAAGAAUACAUCGACCUACUCUCUAAACUAGCAAAAACUCCUAACAGCGCUGACCAAAAACAGGUUGCUAUGGGAAAUUUGGCGGCAAACGCUCUGGUCGAACUGUUGCCUAGUGCUUCAAAUUUUAAUUUCAGCACCGAAGUCUUUACCGCCAUCAUUCGUAGAAUCUGCAAACCUAACCCUUUAGCAGACCCGGUUUACCAAAAAAUGGUGAAAGCUCUCGAAACCUUAUUGAACGAGGACGACGACGGCAGAAACUCGUUAGAAAUUGUCAGAAUCCUCGCGAAAACUAUAAAAUCAAGAUCUUACAUGAUAGAUGAGUCUGUUCUGAACAUAUUAUUAUCCUUAGAUGUUCUACAAGACUUCGACCCCAAUACAAAGGAUGAAGACUUCACAAAAGUCAAAGUCAAAAAGAAGGACAGAGCACACUUAUCUAAGAAGCAGAGAAAGGUUCGGAAAGAGAUGAAGAAGGUGGAGGAAGAGAUGCAAAAAGCAGAACAGACUGUUCUAGCAGAGGAGAGAGAGAAAAAUCAAGCUGAGAUUCUGAAGUUUACUCUUUCUCUUUACUUGAACAUCUUGAAGUCAAAUGUUGCUAAGCUUAUUGGUUCAGUUCUUGAGGGCUUAUCUAAGUUCGGUCAUAUGGCAAAUUUUGAUCUGUUAGGGGAUUUCCUUGAGGUGAUGAGGGAACUCAUCGCUAACUCAGAACUUGACAACCUCUCGCCUCUCGAAGUCCGAAAAGUCCUCCUUUGUAUCGUUACUGCAUUUUCACUUGUGUCUAGGCACAGCCAAAUGAAACUUUCAAUGGAUUUGACUUCGUUUGUGGACGCAUUAUAUUCAGUAAUACCCAACCUCUCAGUGGAUGCGGAAAUCGAAUACUCCCACAAGACACUAAGACUUGCCGACCCACUUGGUAGUGAUCUUGUUAAACCUUCAGUAAACGUCUCUACAAAGGCAGAGCUUCUGCUAAGGGCUUUGGACCACGUUUUUUUUAGAUCGAGAUCCGGUUCAAAAGUUCGCGCAGCGGCAUUUGCCAAAAGGUUAUACGUCGCUAUGCUAGCUACGCCGGAGAAAACCAGCAUAGCAAUUCUCAAAUUCUUAGAGAAACUGAUGGACAAGUAUCCUGAGGUUGGAGGUCUCUAUUCAACCGAGGAUCGUAUUGGAAACGGCAAUUUUAAGCUUCAGGCGGAAACCCCCGCAAGGAGCAAUGCCGAGGCCGCCACAAUUUGGGAGAACAUUCUGCUCUUAAAACACUAUAGCCCUGCUGUCAUUAAGGGCACUAAAGCUUUGCUUGAGAAAUCAAGGGGGUCACUAAAAUAA